AUGGAGGUAUAUCAGCCCCACAAUGAUGAGAUUGACUUCAGUGCUGAUGAAGCACACAAUAUUGUGAAAGAGUGUAUAGAUGCUAUAUUGGGUGGUAUUUAUUUUAAUUUUUACAACAGUGUGAUGGAACAAUCCUUAACCCAUUUGAUAAAGUUAGGGAAGACAUAUAAAUAUAUUGUCACUUGUCCAGUGAUACAGAAGAGUAGAUCUGGUUUACACAUAGCCAACUCAUGUUUUGGGGAUACCACAUCUGAUGGAAUCUAUACCAUAAGAUAG